GUGUGUGUGAUUUAUAAAUAGCCUUGUGGAACAAAAAUCAGCCUCAAACUCCAUAAGCGCGUGUAUUUCACAACUCAUACUUUAACCACCAUUAUCCAUUCCCAUUUUCGAAAUCAAAAUCUCCCAAUAAAUGAAAGCCACAUAUGAAUUACACAUUGACAAAAUUCCCUCGAUUCUGAUUAAUCCAAUUUCUCAAUCCCUAAAUUUCCUCCAUUGUUGUUCCUUCAAGAAUUGGGGAUGUCAGUAGCAACAUCAAUCCCAUGUAUAAGACUUCCUUCUACAACUUCUUCUUCUUCUUCUACCUGUUCGUCUACUUCUUUUAGGUUAUCUUAUCAUGGUGUUGGUAAACCUACUAGAACUUUGUAUUUUACUGUAAAGAGUUCUCAGACCGAGGGACCCAUUCGAAGACCCGCUAUGGCUCCUCCUCCUCAGCCGUCUCCUCCGUCUCCUACACCGCCGUCUCCUCCGUCUCCUGCACCGCCGUCUAAGCUUCCGGUUGCGGCUGUAAAGAUGGUGGAGGAGGAUAAGAAUGUUGUUACGUUGGAGUUUCAAAGAGCUAAGGCUAAGGAACUUCAGGAAUAUUUUAAACUGAAGAAACUUGAGGAAGCUGAUCAAGGUCCUGCUUUUGGGUUUGUUCCUAAAAAUGAGAUCAAUAAUGGCAGGUGGGCAAUGUUUGGUUUUGCUGUUGGGAUGUUAACAGAGUAUGCAACUGGAUCAGACUUUGUGGAUCAAGUAAAACUCAUCCUCUCCAAUUUGGGGAUUGUAGAUUUAGAAUGAUCUUAUAACCCCCUUUAUGUUUUUUGCUUAUAUAUUCUACUCCUACAAUCUUAUACAUUUUAUUGUGUGAAUUCUGUAUUCAAUAUCAAAUAUAAGAGUUUUUUUGCCCUUCUUUGUUCAAUAUUGUAAUCAUUUCACUAUUUGACGACUAUUGAAACUGAUAUAUUGAUUCAUGUACCCAAUCUCAAUCUUUUAGGA